AUGAUGAUGAUGAUGAUAACGAUAACAACAACAACAACAACAACAAGGAUGCUAAAGCAGUACCGCUGGUUGCAUCGGUUACAGGUCACGGUGCUGGAAGCUGUGCCGCCGUGUCGCAUGGAAAAGAUUGCUGCUCCUUCCACUCUUGCCAAUGAUAGUUGUAGCAGCAGGAGGAAGGCAGAGGAAUGGAAACGGUGUGGCGGGGAUGAGGGGAGAAGGGGAACGGUGGUAGCGAUGGUAACAGCGAUGGGUAGUAGCGGUAGCAACGGUGCUGUUAAAUGCGCACCUAACGAGUUGUCCCAGACGGUAACAACAUCUUUGGUCGUACACCAUGGUUUGGAUCAGCUAUGCGCCAACGUCAACAACACCCGUUAA